AUGUCAGAUCAGAUGGAUGUUGAUGCCACAUCGCCAAGUCCUCAACCCCAGCCUUCUAAACACCCUAAGAAAAGGUUUGAGGUAAAGAAGUGGACAGCACUGGAUAUGCAAAUUCUUUGUUGUAUCAUAAGUUAUGGUUCCAUAUGCUGUGGUAUGCCUAUGAUAGUUGUAGAGUUUGGAUUUGAGUUCUUUUGUGAGUUGCGAGUCUGUGCUGCCAUUUCUGGCUUCGUUGGUAUCGUUUGA